CGUCCGUCCAAUACCAACUUCACUCCAAACGGCAGCCCGCCGCCCGGCCGCCACGGCAUUGGAUCAGCAUUGCGGUAAGACCCCCAAGUAUUGACUACUAAGGGAGGGGCAUGCGGGGACCAGGCUGUGUCGUCGGCCAGCCCUGCCCAGUCAACCAGUCAUCUUCGCCAACCCGUCCAGACCGUCCCGAAGCUCCCAGGCGCUCCAACCCGCCUUGUUACCCACGUGCGAUUCGGGUAGCAACGCGGGACUGAAACCAGGCAACAACGCCUGCUUCAUACCAAGGCUGUUGGCGACCCCGGAGGACCAUCGCAGGCGCCUCCGGCACAAGCUCUGCUGCGUGACCACCCUGCCGACCCGGAGCUUGCUUGACCAUACCUCAAGUCACCAACUCCCACGUGAGGGGCCACUGCCGAAACCGGCGUCUCAUCAACUGUCGUCAGCCGCAUCUCACUUGUCUGAUAUUCGGACCUGGCCCGCCGCGUACAGCUCACCUCGUCUUGCUUCCAGCAUUAUCUUCAUUCCUCAUCCACGCCGCGCGGUGCCCUCCCAGAUUGGCGCACGACCAGGCACCAUGGUCCAGCCCCCCGGGCUGGAGUAUGUCCAGUACCAGCACGGAUUGGAGUCUCAAUACCUCCUGGCCAUCAGGUCACUCAUAUCCAAAGAUCUCAGCGAACCGUACAGCAUCUAUGUAUACCGCUACUUUCUUUGCCAAUGGGCACACCUCUGCUUCAUGGCUCUAAACCCUGCCGACUCUUCGCUCAUCGGAGUCAUUGUCUGCAAGCUCGAGGUUCACUCCUCGCACUCUCCGCCAACCCGUCGCGGCUACAUCGCCAUGCUCGCGGUAUCGUCGCCCUUUCGCGGCCAUGGUGUCGCAACUGCCUUGGUAAAACGAGCAAUAGAAGCCAUGGUCAGCCGGAAUGCCGAUGAGAUCGUGCUCGAGACAGAGGAGACAAACAUCCCAGCCAUGAGGCUAUAUGAGCGGCUAGGCUUCAUAAGAUCCAAGAAAUUGCAUCGGUACUACCUCAACGGCAACAGCGCCUACCGACUCGUCCUCCCGCUUCGAGCUGUAGACUCGGGCGGCACUCCCAACUUUUACGGGGACGACGUUACCUGAUGGCUGGUAGAGCCGAAUGGUUACUUUCAGCAUAUGCCGCGCGAGUAGGCCCCUACACGAAAUAGACGGAGCAUAGCAAGCAGCGUAAGGUCGGUGGCGUUGGAUAGCGGAGCGAGAAUCGCCUUGUAUUUCAAUCAAACACUCAUAUUGUGAGCCUC